GUGAUUGAAGGGAGAGUAGAGCGGCGGUGGCGACGACGGCCAUCUUAGAGCUACCGUGGUAACCGACACUCAUCUUCUGGAUUUUAUUUUUCUUGUUAGAAAAACAUUCCGCCUGACUGAAGAGGGACGAAGAAGGCUGUGUUUGGCUUCGCCGCGGUUGAACUCGAAGUCGGGAUGCGGUUCCGAGGGAAUAAACAAUUUGCAUCCGCUGUCGGACUGGUCCUCGGACUGUUAUGUGCGGUGGAGGCAGCUAAAGUCAAUAAGCACAAACCAUGGAUCGAGACAACAUAUCACGGGAUCGUGACAGAAAACGACGACAAAGUUCUUCUGGACCCUCCUCUUAUUGCACUGGACAAGGACGCUCCUUUACGCUACGCAGAGAGUUUUGAGGUGACCCUCACUGAAGAAGGUGAGAUUUGCGGCUUCAGGAUCCACGGGCAGAAUGUCCCCUUUGAAGCAGUGGUCUUGGACAAGUCCACUGGUGAGGGGGUUAUCAGGGCCAAAGAUAAGCUGGACUGCGAGCUUCAGAAGGAGCACACCUUCACCAUCCAAGCCUAUGACUGUGGAGAGGGUCCUGAUGGUGCCAACAUGAAAAAAUCCCACAAGGCGACUGUCCACAUCCAAGUGAACGACAUCAAUGAGUAUUCACCAGUGUUCAAGGAGAAGACCUACAAGGCCACUGUUAUCGAAGGGAAGAAAUACGACAGCAUCCUGAAGGUGGAGGCAGUAGACGCCGACUGUUCCUUCCAGUUCAGCCAAAUUUGCAACUAUGAGAUCGUGACCCCAGAUGUGCCAUUUACUAUUGACAAGGAUGGCUUCAUCAAGAACACAGAAAAACUGAGUUACGGAAAAGAGCACAUGUACAAGUUAACUGUGACAGCCUACGACUGUGGGAAGAACCGAGCCUCUGAGGACGUGCUGGUCAAGAUCAGUGUCAAGCCCACCUGCAAACCCAGCUGGCAAGGCUUCAAUAAGAGGAUUGAAUAUGAGCCUGGCACGGGUAGCCUGGCUCUUUUCCCUAGUGUGCACUUGGAGACCUGUGAUGAGCCAAUCACCUCUAUCCGAGCCACUAUUGAACUGGAAACCAACCACAUCGGGAAAGGCUGUGACCGGGAUACGUAUUCUGAGAAGUCGCUGCACAAGCUAUGUGGAGCCAGCUCUGGCAGUGUGGAGCUCCUUCCUGCACCCAGCAGCUCCGCCAACUGGACCGUAGGUCUGCCCACCGAUAAUGGCCAUGACAGCGACCAGGUGUUUGAGUUCAAUGGCACCCAGGCCAUCAAAGUUCCUGAUGGUUUGGUGAGCACCAGCCUGAAGGAGCCUUUCACCAUCUCAGUGUGGAUGAGGCACGGCCCUGGGGCCCAUGAGAAAGAGACCAUCCUCUGCAAGUCCGACAAAACAGAUAUGAACAGACACCACUACUCCCUCUACGUCCACAACUGCAGGCUUAUCUUUCUCCUACGCCAGGAUCCAUCGGAGGCAGAGAACUACAAACCAGCUGAGUUUCACUGGAAACUCGACCAGGUGUGUGACAAAGAGUGGCAUCACUAUGUCCUCAAUGUGGAGUUCCCCACUGUUUCUUUGUUUGUGGAUGGGACAACCUUUGAGCCCUUCCUUGUUACAGAGGACUACCCACUGCACACCUCCAAGCUCGAAACUCAGCUUACCAUCGGGGCCUGUUGGCAAGAAAAUUCAGGACAUGACAAUGACACUGAGACAGUCCCUGAGCCCACCUCAGGCGGAAAUGCUCGAAUGGCUCAGUUUUUCCGAGGGAAUCUUGCAGGGCUGAUCAUCCGCUCUGGCAAGCUGGAGAACAAGAAGGUGAUCGACUGUCUGUACACUUGCAAAGAAGGACUGGACGUACAGCUGCCUGAGGAGGUAGCUUCAGCUGUCAAGGUGGAGUUCAACCCCAACCAGUCCUCUCUGACCAUUGAAGGCGACGACAUUGAUGCUUUUGACAAAGUCAUGCAGCAUAUUUCCUACUUGAACUCCCGGCAAUUCCCGACCCCUGGCAUCCGGCACCUUCGCAUUGCCACCACUGUCAAAUGCUUCAACGAGGAUGCCUGCGUAUCGGUGCCAGAUGCUGAAGGUUAUGUGAUGGUGCUGCAGCCAGAGGAGCCUAAGAUCAGCCUUAGCGGCAUUGACCACUUCGCCCGAAGUGCUGCUGAGUUUGAGAGCCAAGAAGGAGUGACACUUUUCCCCGAGCUUCGUAUUGUAAGCACCAUCACCCGUGAAGUGGAGGCUGACACAGAGUCUGAUGCUGCAGAGGGAGCUGAUGAUGACCCCACAGUCCAAGAGACAGUGGUGUCAGAGGAGAUCAUGCACAACUUGGACACAUGCGAAGUCUCUGUGGUGGGAGAUGAGCUUAACGGAGAGCAUGAGAGCCUGGAGGUGGACAAGUCUCAGCUGCAGCAGCGUGCUUUAGAGAUGAGCUCAUCUAACCUGGGCCUUGUCAUCAAUGGUGUGAACACCAUGGCCAAUUACGAGCAAGUCCUGCACCUUAUCCGCUAUAAGAACUGGCACACAGAGGCUCUCUUUGACAGGAAAUUCAAACUAGUCUGCUCUGAGCUCAAUGGUCGCUACAUCAGCAAUGACUUCAAGGUUGAGGUAAACGUGAUCCACACAGCCAAUCCUGUGGAGCAUGCCAACAACGCCCUGGUGCUGCCGAACUUCAUCAACCCUGUCCAUCACGCCUCUGUGGAUCUGUCUGGUCACAACUUGGUCAAUGCUCAUCAGGCCUCAGUGGUUCCCAGCGCCGCCACAAUUGUCAUUGUGGUGUGUGUGAGCUUCCUGGUGUUUAUGAUCAUUCUGGGCGUGUUCCGCAUCCGGGCUGCACACCAACGCACCAUGAGAGAUCAGGAGAACGGCAAGGAGAACGAGAUGGACUGGGAUGACUCGGCCCUCACUAUCACUGUAAACCCCAUGGAGACAUAUGAGGACCAGCACAGCAGUGAGGAGGAGGAGGAAGAGGAGGAGGAGAGUGAGGACGGGGAGGAGGAAGAUGACAUCACAAGCGCUGAGUCAGAGAGCAGCGAGGACGAGGAGGGCGGGGAGCCAGAGGACCAGCAGGGAUCCAGCAGACAGCAGCAGCUGGAGUGGGACGAUUCCACUCUCACCUACUAAAACAACACCCAACACAAGCUCUAUCACACACACACACACAUACACAUCACCAGCUCACUUUCACUGCUUCACACACACCCCUCCUUCCAGUUUCUUGUCUUGGAGCCAUGAUGUAAAAACAAGGAAAAAAAAAAGAACAAAAUACCCCUUCAGCUUAAUAUGGUCAAGGCUUUCCUGUUGUUAUCUUAGUGAUGGUACUCAUUGUAGUGUAGUCAUCACCAGAUUGCUGAUUUUUACUUAUUAUUUAUUAUAUUUUAAUUCCCAGGAAAAACUUGGCCUACAUUUGUUUUGAACUGUGUAAGGAAGCCAACCCUGCACUUUUUGUUGUCAGAUGUCUCGAGGCUGUCAGAAGGAAAAUCUUUUCGUUUUCCUGAUGUACAUUCUUUGCUAAUGCUUUUAGAUUGGUUUGCCAGUUAACUUUUAAACAGCUUUGACUUCAGUUUUCAUGAGUUAUAGUCCACAGUGAAGCAUAAUUUUAACAAGUAGCCUGCAAUUUCUCUUUUUAUUUUUCUUGUUUUAGUGCAUGAGGACAUUUGGGAAGUCUUAUAUGUAGACAAACAAAUACCUUUUUAAAGAUGUUGUAAAUAUGGAGAAACCAUGUAAUUAGUCAAUGUGUUAGUGAAGGCCCACUAAACGGGGUCCAAUAUCUAAAAAGACGCAGUAUGUAAUGUAGAAUAUUUGUGUCGCAAAGGCUGUAGCAUGUUGCUAAAUUUCUGCAAAAGCUGUUCCAUCAUGCUUGUACAAUACGUCUGCCUCAUGAUGAGAAACCCAGGACUGUUAUGCAGAGGUUUCCAUGACAAAGUGGUGUCCAUUUUGUCUUUGUAUUUUCUGCAACAAGUGAAAUUGUUUUUUGUUUUGUUUUUGUUUUUUUGCUUCUUUUAUUGUUUUUUGUUUUUGUUUUUUUUUGUAGGCAGGACUGCUUGAUGGUUUCAGCUCCAUACGUGCUUUGCUUUGCUUGCACAGGUGGCAAUGUGAUGUUUCAUUCCCAGUAAAUCUCCCUGUUGUACGGAUGGGAUUUUAUUUUUGUCUAAAGUAAUCACACCUAGAAAAUGCUAAUGUACAAAUCAACAUUUUGUGUGGAACUUCACAACAUCGGGUCAGCAGGGCUGUUAAUCUUUAAAUGUAAGGUACUAAAAUGUCCGCUAGUGCAUUUGGAGAAGCAAAGAUUCACCCAGCAGCUUCAAAGCCUUUCUCCUAGACCUGCUGUGCAGACAGAAGUAGGGAGGAAACACCUUUCGAAAGACUCGAAGAGCAUAAUUUAUAGCAGACUGAGGUUUAUUGGAAACUGGUUGAAUAAUACUGCUGCAGGCGUUGAUUUUGGGGAGGGGACUGAAAGGAGAGGAUUUGUUAGGGUUGCUUUUUAUUGUUUUUAAUCCAUGACACUGCUAUUUCAUCUUGAUUUAAUAAUCCAUUAGAUUUUUAGAUGCAUUUUUAAACUGUUUUCUGAUUAAAAGAGUAUCAGAAAUAUUAACUGAGGGUUUAACCGCACAGCUAGGAAAACAUUUAAAAAUGAAUCUCAAUUGAAUUUUGAACUGAGAUAUUUUUUGAAGUUUACCACUAGAUUUUAUUGUACAUGGAACUGUACUGUAGAGUUGUUCUAAGAUAUUUGUUUACAUUUGGUAAACUUAUUUUCUUGCUGGUAUUAGUAUAAAGCUUAUACAAUUGAUUGGGAAAAUGUGUCCAGCCUCCAUCUCUUCUCAGACACUGUUGUCCCUAACUGUUGUAAAUAUCUUUCACAAAACCAGAUGAUGAAGACCCUCACACUUUAAUGUGUAGUGUUUGUCUCAUGUGUUUUGGUACUCUGAGCUGCAUUAGUUGAGACCAGAUUUGGGGCAUUGCCAUGUGCAGAAGUGGCAUUACCAGGAUUAGAGAAGCUGGUGUUGGGAUUUUCAUAUUUUGCAUGUAAAUCUAUUUUCAGAGGCCAAAACUGAUAUUAAAAAUACAUUUUAGCCUCUUUUUUGGAGACAGAACUUAUUUGAAGGGUUCAAAUCACAAAGGUGAUUUUUAAGUUUAAUUUCUUUUUUAAUGUUUGUGGUGGAAACAUAGUGACCAGUCUCCCUUCCGUGGUAACUUAAGACUCGUAAAAACAUGGGGCCAGGUCUGAGCCAGCUGAGAUGGGUGUGCCUUUUGCCGAUCAUAGUGUAAUUAGCAGGCUCUAACAAAAAAAACAAAAACACUUAUCCACUUUUUUUUUUUUAUGCUAGGUUUAUGUUUACGUAGCUGAGAAGCUGAUCUCUCUCAGUUGGUCGAAUUAGUAGUCCACCACUAGUUUUCAUUUAAAGUGAAACAUUUUACAUAGAUGUCAUGUGUCCUUGUUAAUGUGUAGAAGAAGUAGAUCCAUAUUGUAUCUUCUAUAGAUAUUGUACUAAAUCAUGUUGACGGAAUCCACCUUUAAAAAAUGUACAGUACAUUAUAAAAUUGCUUUGACGGCAUACAUGGGCGUACUGAGAACUGACCUGUGUAAAGUGGUCGGUGAUUUUGAAAGGUGUCCUAUUGCCUAAAUUGUUGAGAAAUGAUUUUUCGGGCCGCAUGAAAUUCACUAGAUUACAAUAAGCCUGUCAGCUCUGAAAUCCUCACAGUUUCAUUAUGUCAAACACUUCAUGCCAGCUAGUUUUUAAAAAAAGUCUGAGGGUCACUGAUGCGUGCACACCGACUCUCCAGUGACGGCAGCAUCUGCAGUUUAGUGGGUUGUUUGCUCUCUGAUCAGCCCCUGAGCGAAGUAUGUGAGAAGCAGCCAUACACUGAGGAAUCAACUUUGCAUGACACACGUUUGUGUAUGUUUCAUGUGGAGUUGUGAGACUGGGGUAAGAAAGGAGCUGUGAUACACUACUGAUUCUCAGAUUGUCUGUUUCACACGUCCGUGACACUCAAGAAAUGAUUAUUUUGGGUUUUUUUUUUCUUUGAAAUCUAUGCUCAUUAAGGAUGGUGGCAAUGUUUUCCAAACAGCCAGAUGCUUCCUUUGUGCUUGUUGGAGCUGCUCUCACUUUUCUACCAAUUGAAAGGCAAAUUGUAGUGAAGUUGAUGCUUGCUCGUAAACAAAAUAAAGGAUGAUGAGAUGGGA